AUGAGUUUCGGCUUCUCCAUAGGCGAUUUCAUUGCUGUUGGGGAUAAGGCCUGGCUCUCCGCUCGCGGUGACUACGAGACACUCGAUGACCAUGUCAGAAUCCUCCACAGCGUACUUCAGGAUGUUAGCGGCUUCAUUUCCAGUGGAGAGGUUCCCGAGGUUGAUAAUGAGUGCUCAUCCCUAGUAGCUGCGCGAGAGAAUUGUUUGGCUACCUUGGUGGAACUAGAUGCCUUUUUGAACAGGCACGCUGGCCUCGUCCAUGAGAGCCGAAAGCGGCAUUUCGAGCUCGCCAAGUUCAUUACCAAAGACAUCAAGAGCCUCAAGGCUAAACUAGACCACAGCACUAAAUUGCUGCAAUUGAGCCUGCAAUCGCUUCAAAUAAGCGGUGCUAGAGAACCGACAGUGGUUUCUGAGGCGUUGCUAUCGAACAAGCAAGCCGAGACAAAGAUCAGGAAUGACGAAUUGACACAGCAAAUCCAUUCAGACCUCGAGGAUAAGGACAUUCACCCGGACUCUAUUAGUCUUAAUGACAGCUUUAUACAGCAAUGGCUUGGAAUGACGUUGGCUGAUGGCGGCCUCGAGGAGUCAAGCAAUACGGUUGAACAGGCCGCCCAGUCUCAAUUCGAGCGCAGCUCCGAUGAAGUGGAUUAUGCCAAUCUCUCCACGGCCAUGAAAGACGUGAAUUUGCCUGAUAGAAAGAUCGACGAUCUGUCCGCCCUCAACGCUGAGCAAAACGAGGCUGAAGAGAUUCUAAGCUCCCCAUCCGAUUACUUGGACGGACUGAAAGCGCUGAGUAUCGACGAUGUGUCGAGACCUCCAUCUCGGACUGAAAGCAUUAGCUCACAUCGAAGUAAACCGGACGACUGGAGACCUUAUGAUACACCCAACCCAGCAUAUGUUCGAGACAUGCUUUUGCCACUUUUUGAUCGAGAUCCGUUCCUAGACUUAGCCGAGACAGAACCGGAUCUGAGAAUCAGACGGGCCUUCCAUCAACAAGACUAUGACCGCAAGGGCGCCAUUGCCGACCAUAAGGUGUUGCGGUUGUGCGAAGACCUUAUGAAAACCCUCGGUCUAUCGGAAAAAUUGAAUGAGCUGAAAACCACAGUUUAUUCUGUGGAUAGUAACGGUGAUGGGCAAUUUGAUGAAGUCGAAUACAUGACUUUGAUGAAGUUGCUUAUCGCAACUGCCCUGGACUUGAGAAAGGACAUGCUGCUUACGACCCUGAGAGAUUACGGAGGUAAAGCAGAGGACGCAGCCUGGAAGAGAAGAUCAUCUGAAGCGCCCAAGUUUCUGCCAUGGGGUUGGUGUCAAAGCACGAAAGGUUCGAAGCUUCCUUUCCUAGAUACAAUCGCACGUUCGUUGAAGGACACUGCUCCUUCGCUUCCAGCUUAUAGCUUCACCAUCAUGGCAGAUGAAGCCCGGAUCGCAGUCGAGAAGAUUGAUGAUUUUGAGGAACGAUGGCUUGGAAUGAUUCCGAAAGAGCCCCAGCGUCGCCAGGACUUUACGACUCCUUUGGAAACUGCUCGUGGGCUGGCAAAAAAGUUCAAAAUAUUCAAAAACCGGAAAGACCGCCAGGCAAGAUCCGAUCUGGAUACCAUCAUUAUGGUGUUCAGCUGCACCCUCUUAGCAGGUGACAUCCCAAAAGAGGGAAACCCUUUCCCUAUUCCGGACAUGCAGGAAACACAUAAUUACGCCUUCGGGAUCCUACUACUGAUUGAGGGAUUUGUUCUGAUACUCGAUACAAUCUCCGAUGAGCUUGGAAGCCACGAGGAGACGCAUUACUACACCAAACUCAACGAGAAAACGAAGAGCUACCAGGUUGCCCUACAUGCAAAACUGUUGCACUUACUGUCCUCAAAUUGGAAUGAGCGUGUCACAAGGAAAGUUGAACAGAGUCGGAAAGUGUGGGCCAAGAUAUACAUUGGCAAUGGCCCCUCAAGAGAAGAACUUUCCCAGGUGGCAAGUCCAUUGCACAAUCUCAAGCGAGCCGCAAAGCUUUCGUGGAAUCUGCACAAUAUUCCACAGUAA